GAGCCUUGAUGGUGGGUCAGCCAGGACCAGCAACUUUUCCAGAUUGAAGCAAAGAUCCAACUCAACAUGUACAGUGGUUCCUAGGACCAACCCGACCCACCAGCAUCCACCUCCCUGCGCUCCUGUUACGGCUUCCUUUUUUUAUAUGAGAGGGAUAGAGCCAGCCAAUCAAAAUAGAGUCCCUCAAGGUCAAAGUUGAUUUUCUGAAGGUGCCUUUCGGCCUGAAGAAACCAGUGCUGAAAGAAGCGGCUGCUGUUUUGGCUUCGGUUCCUGGGUCGGGGAAACCCAAAUCCGUCAACGUGGAUCGCCACAAAGGCAGAUAUUCCGAAAACAUGGACAACGAAUCCCAAUAUUCCGGGUACUCCUAUAAAUCGGGCCAUUCCAGGAGCUCACGAAAACACAGAGACAGGAGAGACCGGCAUCGCUCCAAAAGCCGCGAGGGUAGUCGUGCAGACAAGUCAGUAACUAUACAAGCUCCCGGGGAACCGUUACUGGAUAAUGAGUCUACAAGAGGUGAAGAAAGGGACGAUAACUGGGGAGAAACUACCACUGUUGUCACCGGUACAUCCGAGCACAGCAUCUCCCACGAUGAUAUCACACGUAUUACAAAGGACAUGGAGGACAGUGCCAAGUUGGACUGCUCACGGCAUCUCGGGGUUGUCAUCGGUGGAGCUUUGGCUCUCCUCUCCUUCCUGACACCCAUUGCCUUUAUGUUGCUGCCUCAGAUAAUGUGGCCGGACCUCGAAGCUUGUGGGACGGCCUGCGAGGGUCUCUUCAUCUCCGUGGCCUUCAAACUUCUCAUCCUUCUACUGGGAAGCUGGGCUCUCUUCUUCCGUCGCCCUAAAGCCUUCUUCCCGAGGGUGUUCGUCUUCCGAGCCCUGCUGAUGGUGCUGAUAUUUUUGCUCAUCGUAUCUUACUGGCUUUUUUACGGAGUCCGCAUUCUGCACACCAGGGAACGGAAUUACCAGGGGAUCGUACAGUACGCCGUCUCGCUGGUGGACGCCCUGCUUUUUGUCCACUACUUGGCUGUGGUGCUUCUGGAGCUAAGGCAGCUCCAGCCUCAAUUUACCAUCAAGGUAGUGAGGUCAACCGAUGGGGCCAGCAGAUUCUACAACAUCGGCCACCUAAGUAUCCAGCGAGUUGCCGUAUGGAUUUUGGAAAACUAUUAUCACGACUUCCCUGUCUACAACCCUGCUCUCCUGAACCUGCCAAAAUCCAUCCUGUCCAAGAAAAUGUCUGGCUUCAAGGUCUACUCCCUUGGCGAGGAAAACUCCACAAAUAACUCGACGGGGCAGUCCCGGGCAGUGAUAGCGGCAGCCGCCCGCAGGAGGGAUAACAGCCACAAUGAGUACUACUACGAAGAAGCAGAGCACGAGCGCAGGGUGCGGAAACGCAAAGCCAGGCUGGUGGUAGCCGUGGAGGAAGCGUUCACUCAUAUCAAGCGGCUGCAGGAGGAGGACCAGAAGAACCCACGAGAGAUUAUGGACCCGAGAGAAGCGGCUCAGGCCAUCUUUGCGUCCAUGGCGAGGGCCAUGCAGAAGUACCUGCGCACCACGAAGCAGCAGCCGUACCACACCAUGGAGAGCAUUCUACAACACCUCGAGUUCUGCAUCACCCAUGACAUGACGCCCAAGGCUUUUCUCGAGCGAUACUUAGGACCCGGGCCAACCAUCCAGUAUCACAAGGACCGCUGGCUAGCCAAGCAGUGGACGUUGGUGAGCGAGGAACCAGUAACCAAUGGUCUAAAAGACGGUGUUGUGUUUGUCUUAAAGCGUCACGACUUCAGCCUGGUGGUCAGCACCAAGAAGAUACCUUUCUUUAAGAUCUCGGAGGAAUUUGUCGACCCCAAAUCACACAAGUUUGUAAUGAGGCUUCAGUCCGAGACCUCUGUUUGAAGUUCUGGACAUUCGUACCGCUGGAGCGGAAAUAAAAGGUGUUCUUUCACGCUGCAGACUGUAACACAACUUGGCACGUGUGGACAUCGUUCCUUCCUUGCUAUCUGCUGUUGGACUUUGGGGAAACCUCCACAUGUAUCCUUGUUCGUGCGCCAUUCCAAGAUCACAACCUUUUCUGUUUUUUUCCAUCGACCCCUCACUCCUUGCUGCCAGGUAGAAGUGUGCACAGAAAAAUGUAGUGCAAUCUUCCAGAUUUAGGAACCAUUCUGGAGGGAUCCCUGGCAAGAAAGACUUCCUUUUGUCGACCACAUCUGCAAUAAUUUUUCUCCUACUUGCAUCAGCCAAGAUAAUAUCAUUAAGCUGGUGUUUGCACCAACUCUUAUAGACCUUCUUGACUCCCAACCAAGACUAAAGGAUAACACAUUUUUGGUGCCAAAAACCAAGGGCUAUCGGAACGUUCUUUGUAUUUGAAAUCUCCUUCAACCGUCAUGGUGCUGGACUUGGAAGGUCCUCUCCCUGCCUUGGACAUUCCCUAAUGAUCCCGUUCGGCGGCAUGUUGAUGGACCUGUAGACAGAUGCGGCUAAUUCCAUGGGAUGUACAGAUGUGACAGACAGAGAGAACAAGGAUAGGGGGAGUUUUUGUAUUUCCAGACAUUCUGCUCUAUAACCACUAACUUGUGGCCCUAUCUAAAGGAUUAUCCCCUCUUUGUGAAGAAACAUCUGGUUUUUCGGUGUAUAUUUGGACAAUGCCUUUACAGUUUUUUUUUUUAUUAUUUUUAGUAUAAAGAUCCUUCCUCGCCAUCUUGGAUUGGUUUUCAUUACUUUUUUAUACCAGAGAUGGACCUUGUCUUGUGAAUGUAGUCCAAGGUUGCGACGGUUCGGAUUUGCAUUCCAAUGCAACCAUUUCAUUUUCUUCAUUUGGUUUAUAAUCGGGACGCUGCAUUCCAAUCCAUUGUCUCACCACAAUGUUUUGUUUUUUUUUGUAACUUAAAACAAUGCACUAACAACGUGUCCUCUGGUUUACAGUCUAUGAACUGCAGGUCUGUGAUUCAAUACAUUGUUUUUUUUUAUAAAUGACAUUAGGAAUUUUUUUCCCACUAACUUCUAAUAGCUGUGGUGUGAAAGACAUUCAAAUGGGAUUGCUUGUUUUUGUUUAAACGGGGAAUUUAAACCCUUCCAUAUAAAUAUGGUUUAUUUUAAGAUUGUAUUAAAAAUACCCCUUAGCUUAUUUAUGUUUUAAGAGAAUGUAUCCCCUCAGUUGAUUUCGUCCCUUUUGUAUACUGGUGGGCCAGGGUCAGAGAUGCCCAGCUUCACAUACUGGGUGGGCCAAGCUAGCGGCACGUCACUUUGGCCCCAGCUCACCAGUAACCCAUGGUACUGAGAUGCCCGUCUUGGUCCCAUCUGAUACUGGUGGGCAGCGGCCAGAAGGCGCCUCAUUGCCUACCAUUGGAUACUGGUAUUUAUACUGGUGUACUGCCUGCCAGCAUUCACACUACUGGGCAGAACCAGAAAUACCCCAUCAUUUAGGCUUUCGCUCAAGGCAGAGUACUGCUGUGUCACCGGUGGGUAAAAUAUUACCAGCAAAAAGUAGCCCGAACUAUAUAAUGGGUUUGUAAAUAAACUAGAUUUAUAUGGCGCGGGUUCGUUUUUCACUUGAAAAUGCCCACACCUUUCUGUAUGGCUCUGUUUUGUUUUAUUUCUACUUUGUACUGAUCUCGCUUUCAGUACUAAGAUGAUUUGUGACAUUUUUAGGCUCCCACUACUGAAAGAUUUAAAGAAUAAAAAGGUUUUUUUUUUU